GAUGACGAAUUGAUUAUUGACGAUUUGUUUUUGUGAAUCCCAAUUGAUAAAUUUUUAUUUUAUUAUUAAUAAUUAUUUUCGCAUUUUAACUAGUCUGAUUGCAGUUUACAACUUAUAUUUGCUCAUCGAAUUGAGGAACUUUUGAAACAGUUGCUUCAAGAUGUCCAAUAUAGGAAGUUCUUCCUGGGAAGAACUAAGAAAACAGGCACGACAACUUGAAAACGAUAUUGAUGUGAAACUAGUAGCAUUUAGCAAAUUAGGAGUGAGCUCAACAUCAUCUCGACUUGGUUCAGAAAGUGUUCCAUUGAUCAACAGCGAUGACAUGUUCGACACCAUAUCGAUGGAGCUGCAACAAAUGCUUACUAAGCUAUCUGCAAUUAAUGAUAAAAUGGCAGAUAUAGCUCCAGGAGGGGCAGCCACAAUGCAUACAUUGAAGAGACACAGAGAAAUCCUUAUGGACUAUCAGCAAGAGUUUUCCAAGACUUCUGCUCGCGUAAAUGCGAGAAGAGAACGUGAGGAAUUAUUACGGGGCGGCAGUCCAACUCCCAGUACGUCAGUAGGACUAAGUAGGCGAGAUCAGUAUGCCAAAGAAGCUAAUCAUUUGCAUAGUUCACACAUCCUGGUUGAUGAACAGUUAAACAUAGCAAUGGAAGCUCGGGAGCACCUCACUUCACAAAGACAAGUCUUCAAACAGAUGCAGACUAGAUUCAAUGAUAUAACAAACAGGUUUCCGAUGUUGAACAGCCUAAUAUUCAGGAUAAAUGCUAAAAAACGAAGAGAUUCUCUUAUCAUUGGCGGAGUUGUGGGCAUGUGUACAUUCCUUCUUCUUUUAUAUGCAUUCCAUUAAAAAAAAUAUGGAGUCCUUAAGGAGCUGAUAAACAAAUGCGGAUUCAACAUGGAGACUGGAUUUGAUUCCCAGUGAAACAAUAAUUAAUCUAAUCAAGUAAAACAAUAUAAUAUUUUUGUCCAUUCUUGUAAUCCUUAGGAAUUAAAGUAUUUGGGUCUUAAUAUUCAUGGGAUUUAAUUUUUGUAGUAUUUGAAUCCUAGGUUAACAAUUAACCAAGAUGCAUAUAGAUCCACCAAAAUAUUAGAGUUAUUAUGUUUACUUUUAAAUGUAUUUUUUUUGUUACUCAACAUAGAUUAUAAUAGUUUUUAAAUUGAUAAAUAGUCCUGUUUGUCAGCUUCUUAAUAAUAUCAUGUAUGUUGUGAUUAGGAAAUUGUGUCAAAUUUGGCACUUGUAACUACUUUUUAAAUUUGUAUAAGUUUAUCAACUAUAUUUAUAUAUUGUAAAGAGCAAUAAGUUUAACAUCGAUGUGAAAUCCUUAUUAUGUAGACGUAGAUAAAUAUUUUAUUAAUCUUUGUGAUAUAUGUUUAGGAUAAUAAAUAAUAAGAAUAAA